ACUUCGGCGCCGCGACUUCCCCAAACGCGGAAUCCGAGAACCGCGACGUCCUGGCGACCGGUCAGGAGGCGGGAGCAUGGGAGACGCGGCGAGUUCAGUCAGUAAACAUGCCCGUUCUGCUCUUAGAACUUGGCACGAUCAUGAGACCAGUUAAUCUUCUAUAUGAUCGAAGCCAUCUCAGGAUGCAGAAGAGGGCCACUGACCGUAUAUGUUUGUCCAGGCCGGAGGUUCAGACGCUAGGGCGCGACAUUGUUGGGCCUUGAAACAAGUUCGCGCGUUUUUCAGUCUCACCACCGAUCGUGCAUGCGCAAGUUCCUGCGGUCUCGAGUGGUGAAGUAUGCUUUUAGACAAGGUGACGUCAAGUGUCUCUUCGUCGCAUCCGACUUCCCGAGCACUGCGGCACGCUGUCGACCUGCUCCUUCCAUCGCCUUCGAAUUCAUCAAAUUCAUCAUGCGAACCCUGCCCGUUCGCAUCUUGGGUCUCUGCCACUCGGGGAACCGUACUUCCGAAGAGCACAAGACCGCGCGAGCAGAUUUGCAAGUCGACAUCGGUAUCCAUCAACACUUGGACAGCAUCUAGAAGAAGGCUGUGGUCGAUUCUCCUUGGAUAGUCCGAUCGUGGCUAGGCACCCGGUGAGCCGUGGUCAAACCUUGUACAUAAGCCUGGCAUGUGCGCGCAGUAAGCGUGCGAUAUCCUCUGACAUCAUUGUUCCCGCUCUACCUCCCUUC